UCAUGUAUUAUAUUACUGCAUUUGGCCCGCAGCCCCGGAUAGAUUUUCAUUUUGGCCCUCUUGGGGAAAAUAUUAGGGCACCAUUGGUUCAGAAGUUAUUUUACAUUUCUUGCGUUUCUAUAGAGUAAUAGAAAUGAUGGAGGAAGUACUUCAGCACACUGAAAGAGAGAAACAGAUAAAAAAGUGAGUUUCAGAAAUCUUUGUAUGCAAGUUAAAUGAAAAGAGGAUGUGAGAGGUGAAACAAAUUCAGACAGUCCAGACUCUUUCUCUCUCUCUCACACACAUUAACUUGCACAGAAAGUAGUAUCAGUAGGUGAUGAUUUGUUUUUAGAGAGAGAGAGUGUGUGUGUGUGUACAGAACCGGGCUGUGGGCCACCACCACGAAUCCUUCCUUCUUCUCAGCCUUGUCUUCUUUCCUAGGCAACAAAAUACUCCAUUGUGAAAGCAGCACAGAGACGCUGUUAUUGGCAGCGUUCUGAAUGGGAGGCGGUGGCAGAGGGAGACGAACAAAGGUUGUCAAGUCAUGAUUUGAGAGGUGCUGAAGUCUGCUUUUUCCCCUGCGGAGGUGGAUUUUGGCAUGUUGACCCUCACACAUGCGUCAGACGCGUACAAAUCGAUCAUGUCUCAGUCCGAACUCAGUACUAAGGUGCUGGACUGGUUGUGCAAGCUUCGUUUAGAGCGGUACAUGGAGGCGUUUCAGAGCGCUGGGAUGGCAACGCUGCAAGAGUGUCUGAACCUCACACCUGAUCAGCUGGACCGGAUGGGCAUCACCCUGCCAGGCCACCAGAGACGCAUCCUGGCCAGCCUUAACAAUCUGCACGUCGUUCACGACACACAGUCAGAGCACGCUGAAGUCGUACGGAAAGAGAACCCCGUUUCUCUCUCUGUGGGGGGAGAAAAUCUGGACGGAGACGAACGAGCUAGAGAGACGAGGAGACCUACUCCCAGGCAGAGAGGCAAACCAGUUCCAAAGCAACGAUGCAUGUCUAAAAUGCAGGACUGUGAAGAAGACGGAGAAACAAAGCCCGUUCCAGGAAAAAGAAGCACAGUAACUCAUGAAAAGAGGAAUGAAGGAAAGGAAAAGCCCGUACCAAAACAGAGAACUAAGUUUCGCACAAGUUCUCCUGUUAAUUGCCAGUCUGGCUCCCUUGUGCCUCCGACUUCUGACACUUCCCUACCCCCUGUUCCCCCACGUGUUAACAACUGCCCUCCACAGCGCUUCAGCCCCUCAUCACCUAAUCUACACUCUGGUCCUUCCAGAGCGGAGCAACAGGAAACCUUACCUCCACCUAUACCAUGCAGAUCUUUGCCCCCGGUCUCCAGCUCUACCAGCACCCCUGUCCCCACUGAAGCAUCAGGCUCUGUUCCCAGCAUCCAGUCUACUGAAAGUAGGCCUCAGACUUUAGCCAUUCAACCACCUACUUCAACUUUAGGCAGUGUUGAAGUUAGAAAACCCUCACCCGUCACCACUGAAGACAAAAAUAUUCCACCUCUUCCUCCAAAAGUGUUAGGACCUAAGGGCCCACCACCAUUACCACACAGAGCUCCUGCACUGUCUCCCAGGACUCACAGCAGCUUACCCACGACCAGGACGGGAUCCGAUGAGCCGAUGCAGACGGACCCAGAUCCACAGGUCCCAACCCUCAACAGGCCAGUGUCAAUGCUAGAAACCAGCCAAGGAUCAUCUGAGCCUGAAGCGCAGCCCACUCUGCCUCCAAGGAGGACACCCCAACCUCCAAGCUUGAGUUCAGGCGACGAUAACUCCGAUGAGUACGAGGAUCCAGACUUGUUUUAUCCCACGUUACAGCAGAAGAACGUGGCAGAGAGGGAAAUGUCCCUGCAAGUACCCAAACAACAACAAGCACGUUACAGUUUUCUUAGCAGUGACGAUGAGCUGCUGGAUAGUUACGACGAUUGGCAGGAUAAAAUCCCCAGGAGCCCAGCAAGCAGUUUCCACCUGCCGUACACCAGCAGGCCAUAUUCAUCGCUUAAAGAGGACGACUCUCAACUCACUGCUGUCAUCAAGAUGGGAUGGUUGGACAAGAAUCUACCUCAGGGGGUUCUUUACCAGAGACGAUGGGUCAAGCUGGAUGCUGACUACCUGAGAUACUUCGACAAUGAAAAGGAUGUGUAUUCCAAAGGGAUCAUCUCCACAGCAUUUAUCAGCUGUGUGAACAGCAUAGCAGAGCUGAAGUUUGAGGUUGUCACAAACAAUCGAACUUUCAUCUUCAAAGCUGAAAGCGAAGCUGAGAAAAGUGACUGGGUGAGUGCACUGCAGAGCUGCACCAGGGGGCGCCAGCGACAAAGCAGCAUUAAUUUUGUUUCCCCAGUAAACCCUGAUCAUCAGGGGUAUUUGGAGCUCCGAGGAUUACGCUCCAGAUAUUAUACUGUUGUUGCCUCAGAUAAAGUCUUCCUUUACAAAAAUCUAGAGGAUUAUCAUAUUGGAGUGGGGAUAACAUCUAUUGACAUGAAUGUUGGAAAUAUUAAAGAAUCAGAUCGUCGGAGCUUCGAUCUCACAACCCCUUAUCGCACCUUCAG